AUGUCCGGCUACAACUACGGCCCGCCGCCACCUCCUCCCCAGGCGGCACAAGCGAGCCAUCCUGGAUACGGUCAUCACGGCGGCCCCUAUCAACAACACCCCAGAGGAGGUGGUGCUCCUCCCGGCCGAGGUGGCCGUGGUGGUUAUACGUCUGGCGGUCGUCCUGAAUACCCGCCUGCUCCUCAGCCUCAGUACGAGUACGGUCGCCAGCAGCCCUAUGCCCAACACAGCCCUGCGUACGCAGGUCAGCCCACGGGCGGCAGUUAUCCUCCCCAGCAGCAGUGGCACCACGAUCACGCCCAUCCUACGCCUCAGCAUGGCGCCCACGCUCCUGCUCCCUUAUCCAGCUCCAACUACCAUCCCAAUUACGCUCCCCAAGUUUACUCCCAUCCUCAACAUGCCCAACCGCCUCCUCACCAGCCAGGAUACGGGCCUCCCCAGCAGCAACAGUAUGGGCAACCUUACCAACAUCCUGCACCAUACAGUGCCCCCCAACAAUGGUCUGGCCAUGAUCAACACGCUCAGAACCAUUACAGUGGUGGCCGCGGCCGCGGCGGAUACGGCAACGAUCGAGGUGGCUCGCGAGCUCCCAACAUGAGUACACCAGCCCCUCCGGCAUACGGCAACGAAGGGAUCCAGCAUCAAGUGAAUGGUGGAUAUGGUCAACCGUACGGAGAUCCUCGCGCUCAGCCGGUUCCGUACGCGCCUCCUACCCAGUAUCCUUACCACGCUCCGCCGCCUGCUCCUCAUGCUUCCGGCCCAGCACACGAGCCACACUACAAGCAUGAUGGACAUGGCGGUCGUGGACGAGGUGGCUUCCGCGGGAACAACACGCGAGGCCGAGGAGGCUUCCAAAACGGCAACGAUAGAAACCGUCACCGCCAGCAAGGAAAUCAUCAUAAUCGUCAAGACGGAGGAUUCCACAAGCAUGAUAACAACGCCGCUUCUGGUAAGAAGAAGAAGCGCAAGACCAACACGUUGGGUCUUACGCCAGGCCAAGACUCGGACUCCGAAGACGAUGAAAUGGAAGAGGAGACUCUUCGCAAGCUGAUCGGCGCCGAUGCUUUACAGGUCACUGAUGUUGCUGCCUAUAUCGCCGAGCGGAAGAAGCGCUUCCCCACGGCCGCACGAGUUAAGGCAAAGAAGUCUGCCGAGGUGGCACACGGAAGCAGCCACAAGUUUGCUGCCGCUCUAGAGAAGGAAGAAUACCUCGCUAUCAAGCUGAGAAAACAGCUAGAAAAGGUGGAGUCGUCCAUCAAACGCAAGCGUGAACAGCAGGACGAGGGUGAUGAGAUGAGAGACAGCUCCCCCGUUGAAAUUAAGUCUGAAGACGACGAGCCAGAAGUCGCGUCCAGUCGUGCUCAGCAAGCCCCCCCACCACCCCCGCCAGCUAAGAAGGCAGAUGUUACGAAACACUGCAAGUACUACUCGACGGGAGGUACGUGUGGCAAGAAGGGCAAGUGCCGUUUCGUCCACGAUCCCGCUGUCAGAGAGGCGGCCAUGAAAGAGCGGGAAGCGAACAACGGGGCACUUACCAUCCAGCAGCGCUUGAUCCUCAACGACAAGGACCAAGAGGAUUUGACGGUUCUCCAGUCAAUCCAGUAUCUGCGAGAAAAGGGCCUUAUGAAGGAUGACGAGCAGAGCACAUCCAACGGUACGAACGGCCAUCAUGCUCCCGUUGGCCAGAAAAGCAGCCUGCCAGCUGCACCAGCCUCACUCCCACCACCGCCCAUGAAGCAUCACAAUGGGCUCCCUCCACACAAUCCUCCUCCCUCCUCACUCUCUGGCAGCGGCGGUUCUACAGUUCGAUACAAAGGCUGGAAUCUGAGUGGAUAUGGGAACUCAGGUCUCAAGUCGGAAGAUCUACCAUAG